GCGUGCGUGUGCUCGAGCGUUCUCCUAGCAGGAGGGCUGGGGGUGGGGGACGAUCCCAGAGAUGAGGAGCAGGAGCAACUCGGGAGUCCGUUUGGACGGGUACGCCCGGCUGGUCCAACAGACUAUUCUGUGUUAUCAGAGUCCAGUAACAGGACUACUUUCAGCCAGCCAUGAACAAAAAGAUGCCUGGGUUAGAGACAACAUCUACAGCAUCCUGGCAGUGUGGGGCCUGGGAAUGGCAUAUCGGAAGAAUGCAGAUCGGGAUGAAGAUAAGGCCAAGGCAUAUGAAUUAGAACAGAAUGUGGUGAAAUUGAUGCGGGGUCUCCUUCAAUGUAUGAUGAGACAGGUGGAUAAAGUUGAGAAGUUUAAGAAAACUCAGAGCACCAAGGACAGCUUGCAUGCCAAGUACAAUACUGCCACCUGUGGCACUGUGGUUGGUGAUGAUCAGUGGGGACAUUUACAAGUUGAUGCUACUUCCUUAUUUUUAUUGUUUCUAGCACAGAUGACUGCCUCAGGCUUACGUAUUAUUUUUACCCUUGAUGAGGUGGCCUUCAUACAGAAUCUUGUUUUCUACAUCGAGGCUGCAUACAAAGUCGCUGAUUAUGGAAUGUGGGAACGGGGAGAUAAGACGAACCAGGGCAUACCUGAACUGAAUGCAAGCUCUGUAGGAAUGGCCAAAGCAGCACUGGAAGCGAUCGAUGAGUUGGAUCUGUUUGGAGCCCAUGGAGGACGGAAGUCAGUGAUUCACGUCCUUCCUGAUGAGGUGGAGCAUUGCCAGUCAAUUCUGUUGUCAAUGCUGCCAAGGGCAUCCACAUCUAAAGAGAUUGAUGCUGGACUUCUUUCCAUCAUUUCUUACCCUGCAUUUGCAGUGGAAGAUGUGAACAUUGUAAACGACACCAAAAAUGAAAUCAUUGCCAAGCUCCAGGGACGUUAUGGAUGCUGCCGAUUCCUUCGAGACGGCUAUAAAACCCCAAGAGAGGACCCAAAUCGACUACAUUAUGAUCCUGCUGAACUCAAGCUCUUUGAAAACAUAGAAUGUGAGUGGCCAGUGUUCUGGACAUAUUUCAUAAUAGAUGGAGUAUUCAGUGGUGAUGCAGUACAGGUCCAGGAGUACCGAGAGGCCUUGGAGGGAAUAUUAAUUAGAGGCAAGAAUGGAAUACAUCUAAUGCCAGAACUAUAUGCCAUUCCUCCUGGCAAGGUAGAUGAAGAAUAUAAGAAUCCUCACACCGUGGAUAGAGUUCCACUUGGGAAGAUACCUCAUUUGUGGGGCCAGUCUUUGUAUAUCCUCAGUUCCCUGUUGGCAGAGGGAUUCCUAGCCACUGGGGAAAUUGAUCCCUUGAAUAGAAGAUUUUCAACAGCAGUCAAACCUGAUGUUGUAGUACAAGUCACCGUUUUGGCAGAAUCAAAUAAAAUUAAGGAGUUGCUGAGAAAGCAUGGGUUCAGUGUGCAGAGCAUUGCUGACAUUCAUCCAAUCCGAGUCCAGCCAGCCAGAAUUCUUAGCCAUAUAUACGCCAAGCUUGGACGGAAUAAGAACAUGAAACUAAGUGGGAGACCAUAUAGACAUAUUGGUGUUCUUGGAACCUCCAAACUCUAUGUGAUUAGGAAUCAAAUAUUUACCUUUACUCCUCAGUUUACUGAUCAGCACCACUUCUAUUUGGCCCUAGACAAUGAGAUGAUUGUGGAGAUGCUUCGGAUUGAAUUGGCUUACCUUUGUUCCCGAUGGAGAAUGACAGGAAGACCUACUCUCACUUUCCCCAUCACUCACACAAUGCUCACAAAUGAUGGCUCAGAUAUUGAUUCAGCCGUGCUUGCCACAAUUAGGAAACUGGAGGAUGGAUAUUUUGGAGGAGCAAGAGUGAAAUUAGGGAAUCUUUCAGAAUUCCUUACUACAUCAUUCUAUACGGAUUUGACCUUCCUGGAUCCUGAUGCUGAUGAGAAGUUAUUUGAUGAUCCCAGUGAUGGAAGCUACAGUCCUGAUAGUGAAUACGAUCUAGAUGGAUAUUCAGAAGAUAUCUAUAAUCAAGAAAUCCAAGAUGAGCUUGACCAGUACAUCAACCACCUGUUACAAAGCACAGCUCUUAAGUGCUAUCUCCCUACACUUUCUAAGACUGUCGAAGAUCGCCAUGUUUUCAGUGCCAUUCACUCUACACGGGAUAUACUUUCUAUGAUGGCCAAGGAAAAGGGUUUGGAAAUUCCUUGUGUUUCUAUGUCUUUGCCAACUAAGGUUCGAAGUGCUCAUCGGAAAUCAUUGAACCUCGUUGAUUCUCCACAACCUCUCCUAGUAAAGUCUUCAGAAACUGAUGUCCAUUGGCCCAAAGAUGCCCAUGGCGAUCUCGACUGUGAGAAACUGGUGGAGCAGCUGAAGGAAUGCUCUAAUCUACAGGACCAGGCAGAUAUAUUAUACAUUCUUUAUGUUAUAAAGGGUCCUGACUGGGAUACAAAUCUCUCUGGACAGCAUGGUGUCACAGUCCACAGCCUUCUUAGUGAGCUCUACCGAAAAGCGGGCUUGAACAAAGAAUGGGGUCUGAUUCGUUACAUCUCAGGUCUGCUGAAGAAGAAAGUAGAAGUCCUUGCAGAGGCAUGUACAGACCUGCUGUCACACCAGAAGCAGCUCACAGUAGGUCUGCCCCCAGAACCCCGAGAAAGGACCAUCUCUGCCCCUCUUCCUCCUGAAGAAUUGACCAGACUUAUCUAUGAAGCCAGUGGGCAGGAUAUCAGCAUUGCAGUCCUUACACAGGAAAUUGUGGUUUACUUGGCAAUGUAUGUGAGGUCCCAGCCCAGCCUCUUUGUGGAGAUGCUCAGGCUCCGUAUUGGUCUCAUCAUCCAGGUGAUGGCAACUGAGCUGGCUCGAAGUUUGAAUUGCUCAGGAGAAGAAGCCUCUGAAAGUUUGAUGAACCUUAGUCCUUUUGAUAUGAAAAAUCUCUUACACCAUAUUCUAAGUGGAAAAGAGUUUGGUGUUGAAAGAAGCAUGCGGCCUAUUCACUCCUCUACAUCUAGCCCAGCUAUCUCUAUUCAUGAGGUGGGCCAUACUGGAGUGACCAAAACAGAAAGGAGUGGUAUUAAUAGAUUAAGAAGUGAGAUGAAACAGAUGACUAGGAAGUUCAGUGCUGAUGAGCAGUUAUUUUCUGUCGGCCAUUCCAUUUCCAGCAGCAUUCACUCUUCCAAGUCCAUGAGGUGCAGUACUCCUUCUUCUCCCACGGGCACAGUGUCGUCUUCUGAUUCUGGUGGUCACCAUCUCAGCUGGGGAGAGCGCCAGGGUCAGUGGCUGCGCAGGAGAAGGCUAGAUGGUGCCAUUAACAGAGUUCCAGUGGGGUUCUACCAGAAAGUGUGGAAGAUCCUUCAGAAGUGCCAUGGUCUGUCUAUCGAUGGCUAUGUUCUCCCAUCUUCAACCACAAGAGAGAUGACCCCUCAGGAAAUCAAAUUUGCUGUCCACGUGGAAUCUGUGUUGAACCGCGUACCUCAGCCAGAAUACAGACAGCUGCUCGUAGAAGCUAUCCUUGUCCUCACGCUUCUCUCAGACAUAGAGUUGAAUAGCAUCGGAGGCAUCAUCCACAUAGACCAGAUAGUGCAGAUGGCCAAUGAAUUCUUCCUAAAGGAUCAGACAUCCCUGGGAGUCAUGGACACCCUGGAGCAAGACCCAGCAACAGGAAUUUGCCACUUUUUCUAUGACAGUGCCCCAAGUGGAGCUUAUGGGACUAUGACUUACCUGACCAAAGCAGUUGCCACCUACUUGCAGGAAUUACUUCCUAAUACAGGAUGCCUGAUGCAAUGAGGCAUCCCCCCCAAAAGUUAACAUGCUUCCAGAUCUGCCCUGGGCCUCACCCUUGAAAGAUGCUUCUUUUGUUGGACCUCUGGAUCUCUCUGUACUGCUUCCAAAUGGUAGUCCAUCAGAAAACAUUAUCCCAAGAGACACUGGAAUCUGACCUUGUGCCAUACAUACCCCAUGUGUGUACGAGUCCCAUAAAAAAUUAUGAGACCUAUGCUUUCCCCUGAGUCACUCUAUAGUGUCAUUUUCAAAGGUCACUUUUCUGAUGUAGAUCUUGGAAUAUCUGGCCUCACUGGUUGUGAAAGGGAAUGGAAAUGUCUUUCUUUUGAGUACAAAGUAAAUAAGAAUCUAGCCUAAGCUGCUUCUCUAGAAGAGGCACAGAAAUAGAUUCCAUGAGAUAAAAAUGUAUCCUAAAGAUGGAAAAGACCUUUAUCCACGCAGUAUCUAUGUACCCUGCGGUCACAUAGAAAAAAAAUUAACAUUCAGGCUCAGUGUAUCUGUGCACUGAACUUUAUUUUUCCCCCCUAAAUAUAACAAGUACAUCUUUUUAUGAAACUUG